AUGACAACAACUCACCUGGGAUCUAAGCUCUGGGUUGUCCUCAACAGCAACCGUCUGGUCGCUGAGCUCUAUGGCCGGAAGGGCAGCAUGACCAACGGCCGGCCACACUAUCCUAUGGUAGGCGAACUCAUCAGUCAAAACAGACGAUCCGUGUUGCUGCCACAGAAUGGCUGGACGGACCGUCGACGUGUAAUGCAUCAGCUGCUGAAUGGCACGGCCCUCACCCGCUACCAGGAGUACCAGGACGAGGAAAGCAGGCAGCUGAUGGUGAACUACCUCAACGAUCCCCAGCAUUGGUAUCUGCACAACGGCACGUACUCCAACACGGUCAUCCAUCGUAUCACGUUCGGGCAGAAGCCAUCAGCCUCACCCGAGGAAAUGGCCGAGGUCACCAAGGCGCAAUUUGCGUUCCUCAUGAACGCUCCUCCUUACAAUUUCUGGGACUGUUUCCCUGAACUGGCACGGCUCCCCAACGCCGUGCAAUUUUGGCGCUCUAAGUUUGCCGCUAUGGGACGACACACCAUGGAGGCCUACUCUGCAUACUGGGCUCCACUCAGGCAAAGCAUGGAGAAAGAGGACGCGGCCCAGUCGUUCGCCCGCGACCUUGUUCUGGAUGAGGCCAAGUUUCAGGGAAGCAGCACUGACAAGAUGUUCCUCGCCAUGCAACUCAUAGAGGCCGGCAGCGACACCACCCGGCUUGGGAUCAACAUCUUCAUCCUCGCCGCCAUUUCGCACCCGGACAAGUUCCAAAAGGCGCGCGACCAAAUCGACAGCUUGUGUGGCGGCGGUGACCAAAAACGCCUCCCAAAAUUUUGGGACGAGCCAGACUUGCCGUACAUCAACGCCUUCGCUAAGGAGAUGUUGCGCUGGCGUCGCAUCUUCGACUGGACUCCCGAGCACACACUGACCGAGGACCUCGUCUUUGAAGACUAUCACUUUCCCAAGGGCACUAACUUCAUCAUCAACCACGUCAGUAUUGCCAAUGACAAGACUCUGUAUCCCAACCCGCAAGAAUUCCAGCCAGAGCGCUGGCUCGAUGGACGUGAGGCCGAGAUCUGGAAUGGGAGCUGGCAAUUUGGCCAUGGACGUCGCAUUUGCGUGGGCUAUCGACUGGCCCAAAAGAGUCUAUUCAUCACCUUGGCCAGGCUGAUCUAUUGUUUCGAUUUCCAGCCGGCUGCAGGUACUAAAUUGAAGCAGAGAGGCCCAUUCGACAACUCGUCCAUCAAUCACUUCGCCACAGGAGAGCCAUUCCCGGUCAAUGUACGAGUCAGAGGAGAGGAGUAUGCAAAUUUGAUCAUGGACUCACAUAGAAAACAAUGA